AUGUCACAUUCGUUUAAACGUCCAUUGAAGCAGCUGGAUGCUAGGGCCGAUCUUAUCUUUGCAAAAUCUAGACGACAAGUUCCCAUUGGAUCUAAUAUUGGAAAUUGUUAUGUUAUUAGAGAAAUGCAAUCAGAAAAGAAAACUGAAAUUAAUGAUGAUAAAUUCUGA